AAUAAUAAAAAGUCUUAUCAAAACAAAUUAUGGCUGAUUAAUAAAAAAAAAAAUUAAAAAAAAACGUAAACAAUAACAAUUUUUGCAGUUCACCCAAAAAAUAAACUCUACCAAAGGGCAUUUCCUAUCUAAAGGAGGCUUCAGUAGCAAAAGCUAUAUUAUUGAUAUUUAACCUAGACAGCAUGGAUAUACCUAUUCAUCCCUUAAGUAGUGAUCCAACAGCAGCAUGGAAGGAAAUCUCCAAGACUCAGCGCGUCAUAAAGGUUACUAUGAAGCCUCCACAAACAGGAGUGGCGUUUAAUAAAGCGCGCGUUGUAUGCAUGAGUGAUACGCACUCAUUGACACCCUACAUUAAGUUCGAUAUACCAGAGGGUGAUAUUUUUAUACAUGCCGGUGAUUUUACCAAAUGCGGCCAUUUGGAGGAAGUUAUAGAGUUCAAUAACUGGAUUAGUUCUUUGCCACAUAAACACAAAAUUGUAAUUGCCGGAAAUCAUGAGUUGAGUUUUGAUUCGACCUUUACUCAUCCAUUUCAAAAUCGAUCGAAUAAUGAAAGAAGCAAACAUACUGGUAUGUCCAUACUAGAUGACCUGCCCACACUGGGUAAUGCCAAAGAAAAUAUUGUCGAAGCCGUUCAGACUCCCAACAUACGAGAUGUUUUAACCAAUUGUACCUAUAUCGAAGAUGAGCUCAUAGAAAUUUGGGGUAUACGUAUUUUUGGCAGCCCUUGGCAACCGGAAUUUUGCAAAUGGGCUUUUAAUGUACCGCGUGGCUUGCCUUGUUUAGAUAAAUGGAAUAAAAUACCAUCAGAUAUUGAUAUUUUAGUUACACACACACCACCCGUUGGUCAUGGUGAUCUGUGUUGCUCGGGUGUCCGGGCCGGCUGUGUGGAACUAUUGACUACCAUACAGAAACGUGUUAAGCCCAAAUACCAUGUAUUUGGUCAUGUCCACGAGGGUUAUGGUAUAACCUCUGAUGGCCGUGUUAUUUAUGUGAAUGCUUCAACGUGCGAUAUUAACUAUUUACCUAAUAAUCCUCCCAUAGUUUUCGAUGUAACGCUACCUCCCGGAGUUCGCAAAGAUGAGUAGGAUUUUUAAGCAAUGAACAAAUACAGGUGGAUUAUAUUAGUCAUAUUUUUUUUUAUUAUUUUAAUUUGUAUAUAGUUUUUAUAUACACGAUUUUAUUUUUUUGUAGCGAUUUUAAUUAUUAAGUAUAUUUUUGUACAAAUUUUUAUAAUUUCGUUAUUUUACACCACAUAUUUUUGUUUUUAUAUGUAUUUAUUGCAGAAAAUAAACGUUUUUAUUAUUUUCACAAUCGA